CAUUUCUCUUCUCUCGCAUGUAUCCCUAAUUGCUAUCACCCUCUCUCUAGAACAUUCGCCUCUCCUCUCGCUCGUUCGUCUCUUAACCGAUCUCCCGCAAUCUCAUCCUCCGCCGCUAACGUUGCACGGUCCACCGUCAAUCGAUGGAGCCACGGUGUUCUCUGGAGGUCGCCUUUCUCCCUUCGCCCUCAGACCAGAGUUAUCGCUCCUUUCAUUGAUAUGAAAACAAUGAAAAGGAUCGUGGAUCAGAGCUGUCGCUCCAUGGUAUUUUGAACGAAAACAAAAUGUCUUCUGGAACGGUAGUGAGGAUUCAGGGCCAACCUUUGGAGGUCACGGUGGUUUCUUGCACGAAAUUGAAGGAUACUGAAUGGAUUUCAAGACAAGAUCCCUACGUUUGCCUUGAAUACGCUUCCACCAAAUUCCGAACAAGAACAUCCACAGGCGGUGGAAAACAUCCGGUGUUUCAAGAGAAGUUCGUGGUGCCGUUAAUUGAAGGUCUUCGUGAACUCACUGUUGUUGUUUGGAACAGCAAUACUGUCACAUUCGAUAAUUUUAUCGGCACCGGAAAGGUUCAAUUGAACCAAGUUCUGUCUCAAGGUUUUGAUGAUUCUUCUUGGCCACUUCAAACUAAAUCUGGCAGAGCUUCCAAAAGUGAAGUGAUAUCUAGUGGAAUAAAUGGAACUAGAAAUGGUGCUCUUCAACUGAUGCAAGCUAAACUUCAAGUAUUUUCUCUGUUGGUUCUAGUUAAAGAAGUGAAUUUUCUACGUUUUUGCAAGCAACAUGCAAAGGGGUAUCGGCAGUGGCUGAUGUGCUGA